CUGGCCGUUCGUGCCUGGGUUGCCUGGAGCUCCAAUUCGUCAUUGGGGACGAUAAUAUUUACUUUAUAAGAACGUGACGGUGUCUGCUUGUGAAACUUCUUUCCUUUUGCGUGACCGUAUCUUGCCUCAGAUCCACGAUUCUCCCUUCCAUAACAGCAAAAAACUAAUUUAUUCAACUUUCACUUGGACCGAGAACCUUAGACAUACACAUUCAUCUUCCACUCAAUAUCGAAUCUCUUCAUCAGCAACCAUGGGAAACGAUUCCAUUUCGACAUACGCCUUUGCGAGUCUGGGCUGGCUCUCCCUCCAAGCAGUGCCGCUCAUCGUUUGGCCGACCUUCAUCAGCUCGAUGCUCACAGAGAAUGCCGGACACGCUCAUGCUCCUGCCGUGGUAAACGUCGUAGAGACAUACUUUGCCCGAUACCUCGGUUUCUCCCAAUUGACCAUCGGCCUCCUCAUCGUCACCCUAUCCGGUGCUCUACCACUCACCACCAACGUGACCUCCCCCAACGACCCCAACUCCCCCUACGCCAACGCUGUCGUCUUCAUCUCGAUGUUCUACCACACCAUCGGCGCCGCCUACGGCUACAGCCGCUACACCAGCAGCGGCGGCCACGUCGGCUACCUGCUCGGCUUCACCGGUAGUGCCAUCAUGUCCGCAUACGCCCUCUGGCUCUUUAUGUUUGCUGGCGAGCAAGGCAAGGUCAAUGCUACGACUGGUGCCGACAAGAGGACGAGCAACUUCCCCUUCAAGAAUGCUGAGGCUGAGAAGAGGUUUGAUGGUGAUAAGAAGAGGGCCACUCGUAAGGAGAUCUAGGCGCUGGAUUUGUGCUCUAAGUCCUGCCGCGCGUGUGUGUGGGAAAGGGUUUUUUUUCCUUUCUUUUCUUCUGAAAGAGAAACGGUUCCUUACCUAGUGGUCAUUUUGUAUUCCCGGAGUUUGGUGAGAUUUCAGGGACUACUAUUUUUGGUUUGAGUUGUAUUCACCAACCUUUGACUGUGUAUUUUAUGUCGUUUUGAGCACUUGGCACAGCAUUGCGGUUAUAUAACGUCAAGGGUUUUGGUUCAACAACUACCAAAUCAUGUGCAGAAUUCCUGGCUGAUGUUCACAUUCAUUCUUCGUCGCUUCACGCUCAAGAUGCCAGUAUACUGCUGUGCUUGAGAUGUCCACACGUUAAUUCCAGCGAGGAACAAACGCUGGCUACGAGCAGAUGCAUCCUGCUUCACCAGCGACAAGCAGGCACAUUGAUUGAUACUGUAAAAAGCUGUCGAACCUAUGAUACCCUGUUACCCACAA